AUGGUGCUCGCGCGCAAGAAGCUGAAGCAGAGGAUACGGACGCUGCUCCCCGGCGGCGACGCCGAGGCGGGGGCCGGCGCGGAGGUGAAGAAGCUGAAGGUGCGGCUGGUGUCCUCCAAGCGGGCCCGGCCUAAGCGUCCCAAGAAGCCGACGCCCGCGCCGGUGGUGGAGGAGGAACAGGAAGAGGGGGAGACGGCGGUGGACGUGGAGGAGGAGCAGUCGGAUGAGGAGCCGGCGGUGGACGAGGCGGCCCUGGCGCUGAAGGCGGAGGCGGCGGCGAGCAAGAAGCCCGACGUGGAGGACCAGGAGGCGGAAGUGGCCGGCGCUGAUCCUGCCGUCCCAGACGAUAGUGAAUAUAAUAUAGACAUUGCAAUCGUGAAAGAAAAGGCGAACAAUCUAGACAUCGCAAAGAUGGAGGGAAAGGCGAUGAAAAUUAAGUCAGAAGAGGCAAGCCAUGAAGCCGGAUCUGACAAUCCGAUUGUGCCGCAAGAUAGUGGGCAAAGUAUAAAGAAGGUGUAUGUUGGUGGCAUCCCAUACUAUUCAUCUGAGGAUGACAUUAGAAGUUUCUUUGAAGGAUGUGGCAGUAUCACUGCACUGGACUGCAUGACUUUCCCUGAGAGCGGGAAAUUCAGGGGUAUUGCCAUUCUCACAUUCAAGACUGAUGGGGCUGCACAAAGGGCAUUAGCUCUUGAUGGUGCAGAUAUGGGAGGAUUCUUUUUGAAAGUCCAGCCUUACAAAGCUAACCGUGAAAAAGUCAAAUCUAACCAUGAGAAGGAAGACUUUGCACCAAAGAUGAUAGAGGGAUACAAUAGGAUGUAUGUUGGAAACCUAGCGUGGGACAUAACAGAGGAUGACCUGAGGAGGUUCUUUUCUGAUUGCAAGAUCUCAGCCAUCCGAUUUGGAACAGACAAGGAGACAGGUGAAUUCAAAGGCUUUGCACAUGUUGAUUUUUCUGAUAGUACAUCUCUUGCCGUUGCUAUGAGGCUUGACCAGAACGUGAUUAAGGGUAGACCAGUCAGAAUUAGAUGUGCUGUUCCCAAGAAAGAAACCCAGAAAUCAGAUGACAAUGCAAACUCAGAUUCAUCGAAGAAUAAGAUCCGUACAUGCUAUGAAUGUGGUACUCCUGGCCAUCUCUCUUUUGCUUGCCCUAAUAAGAAGGCUUCUGAAGUGGAAUCUAGUGAAAAGAAGGCUAAUGUUGAUUCAGCUGAAGCAUCGUCGAAGAAGAGGCGCACGUGCUAUGAAUGUGGCGUUCCUGGCCAUCUAUCAUCAGCUUGCCCCAACAAAAAGGCUUCUGAAUCUGAAGCCGUAGGUGAUGAAAAUAAGGCUAAUAUUGGCGCAGCCACAACAUCAUCAAAGAAGAGGCGGACAUGCUAUGAAUGUGGUGUUCCUGGCCAUCUGUCAUCUGCUUGCCCAGACAAAAGUGCUGCUGAGGUUGUUUCUAACACACAGACUUUUGAUGAACCAAAAAUUGCACCUUCAAUGGCUUAUGAGCAAAAUAAAAUAGGUGAUGGAUCAAAUUCAGCACCUUCGAAGAGGAGGAAGUGUUAUGAAUGUGGCAUCUCUGGUCAUCUUUCGUCAGCUUGCCCCAACAAGAAGGCUACUGAAACUAAUUUCGAUGAAGCUAAAUCUGUUGGUGACUCAAGUACAGUACCUGCUACCACUUCUGGUGAAAAGAAGCCUAGUGACGAUACAAGUUCGGCGCCUCCAAAGAAAAAGAAGAGAAGGACAUGCUAUGAAUGCGGCAUAGCUGGUCAUCUCUCAUCAGAGUGCCCCAACAAGGCAGCUGCGUAGUUGAAAUGAUCAUGGUGGACCAGUUGCUUUUUGAUAGGUAGUGCCCAUCGUUUGAGCCGCACGAAAAAAUUUCUCAUAUAAAGGAGAAGAAAUUGUUCCUCUGUAGCAUGUCCUUUAUAGGAUGAUCACAAGACAUUUUAGAGGGCAAUCGUGUAUGCAACAAAGAAGUGUUGUAUCUUCCAUUUACCCUUGACAAAUUUUGACUGCUUCAUUUAUUUACUUUCUGGGGAUUUUUUUGGCUGCAU